CGAGGUCGUAAUUGAGUAGUGAUUUUGGGAUGGAUAGGGGAUAUUUGACAUAUAUAAAACUUGACAUCACAAUUGACUAAAAAAGAAAGACCCUUGGUCCCAAAAUGUAAUAAACAUAUAAUAAUUUAAACCUCGUUUUGUUUUCUUCCCUGCCCUAACUACACUAUCCCCAGUCGCAAAUCCGUAAUCUCCGCGGCCGUCAUAUCACCGGAAACUCCAUAGGUUUUUCUUCCACGGGCGCGAUGGAGGUUGAUAAGAAGGAGGAGAUAGACUCUGAAUCUUCGGAGCAAGUGGUGAAUCCAUGGGAAGUCUCCGCCAAAGACGGCGGGAAAAUCGAUUACGACAAGUUAAUCGAUAAAUUUGGCUGCCAGAGGCUCGACGAGUCGCUGAUUGAUCGUGUUCAGAGACUGACUUCUCGUCAACCGCAUGUCUUCCUCCGCCGUGGUGUCUUCUUCGCCCACAGGGACUUCAAUGAGAUCUUGGACGCGUAUGAGAAAGGAGACAAGUUCUAUCUCUACACUGGAAGAGGGCCUUCAUCAGAAGCUUUGCAUUUGGGGCAUUUGAUUCCUUUCAUGUUUACCAAAUACUUGCAAGAAGCUUUCAAGGUUCCGCUCGUCAUACAGCUCACGGAUGAUGAAAAAUGCAUGUGGAAGAACUUAUCGGUGGAGGAAAGUCAAAGGCUUGCUAGAGAAAAUGCGAAAGAUAUAAUUGCUUGCGGAUUCGAUGUAACAAAGACCUUCAUUUUCUCCGACUUUGACUAUGUUGGCGGUUCUUUCUACAAAAACAUGGUGAAGGUUUCAAAGUGCGUUACACUUAACAAGGCUAUGGGAAUCUUUGGCUUUUCCGGCGAAGAUCACAUUGGAAAACUCAGUUUCCCUCCUGUGCAGGCAGUUCCAUCUUUUCCCAGUUCAUUCCCGCAUUUGUUCCCUGGCAAAGACAAUCUCCGUUGCUUGAUUCCUUGUGCAAUCGAUCAGGAUCCUUAUUUCAGAAUGACUCGCGAUGUUGCACCUCGGUUAGGCUAUAGCAAGCCUGCUCUGAUUGAGUCAUCAUUUUUCCCUGCGUUGCAGGCAAGUACUCUCUUAAGUAGUCUUCAGUUACUGAAAGGGGAGAAUGGAAAAAUGUCUGCUAGUGAUCCAAAUUCUGCUAUCUAUGUGACUGAUACUGCAAAGGACAUUAAAAACAAGAUAAACAGAUAUGCUUUCAGUGGUGGGCAAGACUCCGUCGAAAAGCACAGAGAACUGGGAGCAAAUCUGGAGGUUGACAUACCAGUCAAGUAUCUGAGUUUCUUCCUGGAAGAUGAUGCUGAACUUGAACACAUAAAGAAGGAAUACGGAGAAGGAAGAAUGCUAACCGGAGAAGUAAAGAAGCGACUCACUGAAGUUUUGACAGAAAUGGUGGAGAGACACCGCAGGGCUCGAGCUGCUGUUACUGAUGAGAUGGUGGAUGCGUUCAUGGCCGUGAGACCUCUCCCAAACAUGUUCGAGUAACCUGAUGGAAACUCCUUUUUUGGCUGCUUCUGCUGCAACUUCACAUCACCGACUUCCGAAUUAUUUCUGUUUUUUUGUUUAGAUAUUUGAAAGGAUAUGAAUUCAUUCUUGAAGUGUUCACAUAUUUACAACCUUCUUUUAUGUUUAGAAAUAUGAAGCAACCUUUUAAUUGAAGUUUGGUGAUGAUUUCUCAAUGUAUAGAAACUUCUUUCGACAAAACU